AUGGCUGAUAGGAGUAUAUACUACUCGGAUAAGUAUUAUGACGACGUUUACGAAUACCGGCACGUCCAUUUGCCAAAGGAAUUGGUUAGCAGAAUUCCGAAACAUCGUCUAAUGACAGAGCGGGAAUGGCGCGCACUGGGGAUUCAACAAUCCGUCGGAUGGGUUCACUACAUGAUUCAUGAACCAGAACCACACGUCAUCCUCUUUCGUCGUCCCCGUACGGAUGUUCAGCCUACAUCUGAGAAUGUGCUUUCUGAGCCUAAUCCUCAGCACGCGUAG